AUGAAGUUCUCAGAAUUGAAACUCCUAGCUAUGAAUGCUGUGAAAUCGUACUUCAAUAGGAAUUGUGGAAGAGAAGACACUGUCAUCCGAGAGGAAACACUUAAAAUAGGUAUAAUCUACACCAUCGAUUCUCUGCACGACGCCAUGAGUGCUGUGAGAGCUUACUUCCUAAGGAAUUGGACAAUAGAAGACCUGAUGAAUAAUGGAGAAAUUCCCCAGCAUGCUUACACAAGCUUGAAGAGGGUAUAUCUUACUCUCUUCUUUGCCAUGUGGAGCUUUACUUUUGGAUCCUUCUUGCACUGGACCCGAGGAGUGGGAGGGCUGUUCACAGUCCUUUCUUCUGUAGCAAGUUUACUAUGUCUUUACUUUAUAUCACCAUUAAGAGUGAGGAUGAGGAUCUUACUCUUGAUGAUUGCUGCCUUUUCCAUCGGUGCUUCUAUUGGCAUUUUUAUCAAAUAUUUCUUUGAUAUAGAUCAUGACCUUGUUUACAGCCUUUUGGCACCUCCAACAUUUUCCAUUGGAUUUAUGUGGUUUGGGUCCAUGUUUACGAGGGAAAGGAGUGAUAUCUACUUGGGCUGCCUGUAUUAUUCUUGGGCUCUAUGUUUCUCCACCUUUGUUGCUAGUAAUGCAGAAUACAUUGACAGCCAGACAUCUCAUUUUUUGUUAAAGGUAAGCAGUUGUAUGCAUACAGUGUAUGCAUUGUGCUUGCAUUGUUCUUGGGGUACAUUGUGGUAUAUAGCCAAGAGAUAUUGUAUGAUGCUCACUAUGGAGAAAUUAACUUUGUCAAUCGCACACUCACCAUCUUCUUCCGUUUACCGGGUAUAGUGGUCCAUGCUGCAAGACUAUGCCUGAGUGCAUAAAUUGAGCAACUCAGACAGAAUCAGAGAAUUAAUGCUGAUACACUUGGAACUGUAGAAUAAAUAGAGAGUAG